CGCCGCGAGAUCGCGCUCAGUGCGGAGAACGGAGGUCUGCCUGCGCGAGCCAGCAAAACUAAAGUGCACUGCCGUCAGACGCAGCUGAGAGAGAGAGAGAGACCCGCGGAAAGGCAGACAGAGCUGUCAUCUUAAUGCAACAGCGCUGAGAUCACUCGGAAGAUGCUGAACGCAGCUUUGUUGAGUGUUUGUGCAGUCGCCUGCUGUCAGGUUCUCCCGGCAGCAGCUAGAUCGGACGGCGGAAAUUUUCUGGAUGAUAAAUGGCUCGCGGGACGUUGGGAUAAAUUUCGAGACGAGCCUGGAACCUGGAAUCCUGGAAAGCCUUUUGAUCAAGCUCUCGACCCCGCCAAGGACCCCUGUCAGAAGGUUAAAUGCAGUCGGCACAAGGUGUGUGUGGUGGAGGCAUCCCAGACGGCCAGCUGCGUCAGUCAGAGGAGGCUGAGUCUGAAAGUCGGCCUCUCUCAAAGCCCCGCCUCGUCCAAAUGCAAGCCGUGUCCCGUGGUCCGUCCCGUUCCGGUAUGCGGGACCGACGGGCACACUUACUCCUCGAAGUGCAAGCUGGACUACCAGGCCUGCAUUUCCGGCAAGCAGAUUUCAGUUCAGUGCUCCGGCCAGUGCCCCUGCCCCCCCAGCAGGAACAGAGUGGAAAAGAAAGUCUGCAGUGACGCGGAGAUCAAAGAGGUGGUCAACCGAUUGAAGGACUGGUUCAAAGUUCUCCAUGAAAACGGAGACCAGAGCAAACGAGUGAAGAUCCAAAGGCCAGAAAGAAGCAGUUUUGAUACAAGUCUUUUGCCGAUCUGCAAAGACUCGCUGGGCUGGAUGUUCAACAGGCUGGACACGAACUUUGACCUCCUGCUGGACCAAACGGAGCUGCGCAGUCUCUACCUGGACAAAAACGAGCGCUGCACCAAGCACUUCCUCACUUCCUGUGACACGUACAACGACGGCAUGGUCUCCAACAACGAGUGGUGCUCCUGCUUCCAAAAACAGCAGGAUCCCCCUUGUCGGGUGGAGCUGGCCAGUAUUAACGGACAGCAAGCCGGAAAGAAGCUACUGGGGCAGUACGUUCCUUCCUGCGAUGAAGACGGCUAUUACAGGUCACACCAGUGCCACGGCAGCAGUGGGCAGUGCUGGUGCGUGGAUCGCUAUGGAAACGAGGUGGCGGGGUCACGCACUCACGGCCCCACGGACUGCGGUGUGGAGUUGGAGUCGUCCGGAGACUUCGGCAGCGGAGAUCCGUACAAGUUCUCUGACGACGAAGACGACGACGAUGACUUCCACAACGACGAAGAUGAAAUGAUCGAUGACGAGGAGGACGACGGCGAUGACGAAGACGAGGAUGACGCCUUUGUGUCGUAAUCCACAGACUCGUUCCUCGUUCAAAUUUCUCGUUUUUAGGCGACGACUCGAGCAGGUUAUUCACCACGGCUGCAGCUGAAGGAUUUAUAUCAGUAUGUAUAAUUUGUAAAAAAAAAAAAAACAAACGACAAACGUUCCGGGCAAACUUAAUUUUAUCUGUUGCAUUCUUUUGUUGAAGUACUAUUCGUGUGUGCAAACGUCCUUCAUAGUUGUCUAAUUAGAUUGAAAAAUAUAAAAAAUAUAACAAGCCCACUGAGACAGGACUCAAGGUAACAGAUUUAAUAAAAAGUCCGUACAUGAAUCCACUGGUGGAUCCCAACACGAGUGUGAUGUACGUUUUUUUUUCCUCAAAAGGCCUUGUUCUGUAAUUUAUUUUUCUUUUUUUGUGUGUCCCUGCCUAGCUUUUUAUCCAGACAAAAUUAUGGCUUGUGGCACCAUGAUGCAAGAGAACGGUUGUUGUCUUUUUCCGUCUUUUUUUAAUAACUUAUUUUAUUCCUUUUUGCUGUUGUUGUUGUUGUUUUUAGCGGUAUUUCAUACACAGGUUGAGAAAUGCACUUGUUUCACGUGACGACAGCGAGACCAAGGUCCGACAAAGGUGUGCACCUCUGCAAUGUAUAUAUUCAGAAACGAGCGAGUUCACAUGCACCAGAUAACCCAUCAAUAUUUCAUAAAGACCAUUAUAUGGCAGGUUAGCCAUUUAGUCUGAAUAGUCUGUGCCCCGGUAAAGCAUGGUUGAGGAAGAAUCGAAGGCGUUGGUAACACUGUUCAGUUCUGCACGUUCUCGAGAGGCUGAAAGUGUGGCCGUUCCAAGAGUUCACGUUUAGAACUAUCUAUUUUUCUAUUGUAUAGUUUCGUUUAAAAAAAAAUCGCUAGGUUGGUAACCAAUACUGACGCGGCAGGUGUUUUUUUUUUUUUUUUUUUUUUGACAAGCAGCUGCCGAAUAAAUUCCUUCACGGUCUUGGACUCGUGCUUCGGUAACAUGUGACCUCUCUGAAGAUGCAGCGAGGAUACGAGCUUGGCCUGCCGCUAGCAGAAAUGACGCUCAAAACGCAUCGGUAAGCGCAUACCGCGUGUGAACGGGGAGGUCACCGAGCUGCCACGGGUGUCUGUGAUCGGUUUCCGGCCGUGAAGGAAACAGACUUUUUCCUCCCUGUAAUUAUCGUCGUUAGUUCCUGAAUCGCGGUUCUUUUCCGGGGGCUGAGCAGAACCGGUUUGAGCGAUGGCCUCAGAGAGACCAGUCGUUUCAGCUUCACUUCGCCAACACGUCGUGUGACACAGUGUGACGUCACAGUGUGAUGUCACAGCAGUUGUUACAUACAGUAGAUUUGCGCGGUAGCUUUGAGGAUCGUGCGCAUGCAGGCCUAGUAAACAUGGAAGGUGAUUGGCUGUAAUCAGAGAUUUGGACCAAUCACCGGACGCUAUCACCUUUUCUUCCACUAGCUAUGUGGAAGGCAUUGUUACCUGGUGUUACUUCUCACAUGAAUGGCCUAAUUGAUCAAAGGUUAAAUACAUUAAAAGCACUGUGUAAGAAAGAAUUAAGUUAAAUUAUUCAUUACCUUCAUUGUUGAAUGUUCAGGCCAGGCCACUCUAAAGGGUGGUUUUCCAAGUUACCAGUUGUACAGCACCUGCCUUGUUAUUGAAAUGGACAUUCUGUAAGCAUCAGUUAGACCUAAAGACCCUUGUGUUUGUUAGAAUAUUUCUCAUUGAAUGAAUAUGUCAGCAAACCCAAUGUAGUCAGUUCAGUUAAACCUGUUCAAUCAUGAGUGUGUAAGUGAGUGUGUGUGCGUGUGUGUGUGUGUGUGUGUGUGUGUGUGUGCAUGCGAGCAAAUGUCCGCUCCGUGUUUCCACGUCCGUGAGCGCGUUGGACGCUUAAAAUGUUGGUAUAAAGAGGGUGGCCACAGAGGGAUCUAAAGUGCAUUCUAACCCGUGUAAUUUGUGUUUGCUUAAGAUGUGUUAUUGAGCAGAACGUGUAUUGCAACAAUCUUGUUUUCUCGCUUCAGAGUUUUAGUAUUAACCUAGCGUUCUGCAAUCCUGUCUUUUUUCCGGUCUGUUCUCUUAUUGUUCAAUUUGCAUUUAAAUGUAUUGAAAAUUGGUAAAUACUGUACAUGGUAGGGAAUAUGUGGUAAUUCCUGAUACAGGAGUAGAGGUGAGGUUAAAAUAUUUUGUAACUCAAAGCAAAGAGUCUAUGGUUAGUCUUAAUUGCACACACACACA